AUGUCGACCAUCACAGAAAUCACCACACCCUCGCAAUGGGACGAGACACUGAGCUCGCUGCCUCCGUCCGCUCUUCUGGUCGUGUCGUUCCAUGCUCCGUGGGCGGCGCCAUGCGCGCAAAUGGCCACGGUUCUUUCUACCCUGGCUUCCGAAUACCCCGUCACAGAACCUCUGGGCACGAAAUGGGUUUCGGUAAACGCCGAAGAACUCAGUGACAUUAGCGAAGCUUACGACGUGACGGCUGUUCCCUUCCUCGUGCUGAUCCGGAACGGCCAGGUCGUUGAGACGGUCAGCGGUAGCAGCGCGGUCAAGGUUCGCACAGCUAUCGAGACACACGCCCUCAAAGACGUUCCUGCAACAGCGGUUGCGGCGAAUGGCGUAGAGCAGACGAUCGCGGAAGACAAGGCGGGAGAGGCGAAUGCCGACCCCGUGAAGCAGAAAGAGGAGUUGUUCAAGCGCCUGGGCCAUCUUGUCAAGGCGGCACCAGUCAUGCUCUUCAUGAAGGGAACUCCUAGCUCACCCCAGUGUGGAUUUUCGCGACAGCUCGUCGGCAUCUUGCGAGAGCACUCCGUCAAGUACGGCUUCUUCAACAUUUUGGCCGAUGACGAGGUGCGUCAAGGCCUGAAAGAGUUUGCCGACUGGCCAACCUAUCCUCAGCUUUGGGUCGACGGUGAACUCGUUGGCGGCUUGGAUAUUGUCAAGGAAGAACUUGGCAACAACGAUAGCUUUCUCAAACCGUACAGCCUCAGCGGAGCUGCCGAUGCCGCGCCGUGA